AUGUCAAAUUCACUAUCAGAAGCUAAUGAUGGGCUUUGGGAGUAUUCUCAACAGAAGAAUGGACAGGAAUUUUACAAUCCGCUGGCAACGAAGAUAACGGGACCAUUAACUCAAGAACAGCUAGCAGCUUAUCAAAUAAUGUUCAGAAUCCAAGAGAUAACUUCACUACUACGCUCGAAUAAUUUGAAACCUCCAGAAAGGAGAAAUAGGUCACCAUCACCACCACCAGCAUAUGAUGCUCGAGGCAAGCGUAUAAAUACCAGAGAACAGCGUUAUGCAAAAAAAUUAGAGGAGGAGAGACACAGGCUAGUGGAAGUUGCAUUGAGACUUAUCCCCCAUUUUGUGGCCCCCGAAGACUAUAAGAGACCUACAAAAUUUCAAGACAAAUACUAUAUUCCAGUGAAUGACUAUCCAAGCAUAAACUUUGUGGGAUUACUAUUAGGUCCUCGUGGUAACACAUUGAGGAAGCUACAAGAAAAUUCUGGUUGUAAAAUAGCCAUUAGAGGACGGGGUUCAGUGAAAGAGGGUAAAAAUGCUUACGAUUUACCCAAAGGUGCGAUGAAUUUCUCCGAUCCAUUACACUGCCUAGUGAUUGCUGAUAGUGAGGAUAAGAUCCAGCAGGGUAUUAAGCUUUGUGAAGGAGUUGUAAUUAAAGCUGUUACUUCUCCUGAAGGUCAAAACGAUUUGAAAAGAGGUCAAUUAAGAGAACUGGCAGAAUUAAACGGUAUCUUGAGGGAGGAUAAUAGGCCGUGCCCCAUCUGUGGUCUACAGGGACAUAAAAGAUAUGAAUGCCCUAAUAUGGAGACAUUUGCUCAAAAGGUUAUUUGUAGGAGAUGUGGCCAACCAGGUCAUGUUACCAUUGAUUGUACCGCACAGCUACCACCUCACGGAGAUUCGAGACAAAGCCGUUACGACAGUUUUCGAGAUAGUUCUCGUCAAGCUCCAAGGUUCAACACCACAUAUGAUAGUCCUACAACCUCAUAUCGAUCCAGGUAUAGUAGGAGAGGCCAAGAACCUUCACAACCAGCACCCGACUACGGAACACCUUUGAAUGUACCACCUGGUUUAGAACCGAACAGCAGUGUUCUUGCUGUGCCAGGAAUGUUAUCAACUCCAGAAGACUCUUUAACGCCCGCACCCGUGGAAUCGGCAAGUGGUUCCUCAGAACAAUCAAAACUAAUAGAUAACGGUACAAACAAGGCUCCUGGUUUAUCGGCUGUACCAGGGAUGGAUGCUCCUCUAGCGGGGUUAAGUGGCCCGCCAGGAUUGCCGGUUAGUGAUAAACCUCCUGGGUUAGAUAUACAAGGUCCACCUGGUGUGGAUUUCCAGGCUCCCGGUACGGGUGAUUUACAAGGUCCGCCCGGUGCAGAAUAUCAACCCCCAGGUGGCGGCGGUCUACAAGGUCCACCUGGUUCGGAACUACAACCCCCGGGAGAUUUAGAAGGACCUCCAGGUUUAGAAUCUCAAAUCUCACCAAGUUCCUACGGUUUCAAUGAAGCUCAACCAGAAGAAGGAGGCCUCAGCGGUCCUCCAGGUAUGUGA